AAUCGUCAUCCUUCCCGCCAUUUAGUCAACCUCAACCAUUUCCGUCUGCUGCGAGUAGUCGGCCGAGGCGCCUUUGGCAAAGUGCGCAUCGUCGAGAGAAAAGACACCAAUUUGUCUUUUGCCCUGAAGUACAUCCGGAAAGAUGAAGUCGUACGAUCCGAAAGCGUGCGGAACAUCAUACGAGAGCGCCGGAUGCUCGAGCACGUGAACCAUCCAUUCAUCUGCAACUUGCGAUACAGUUUCCAAGAUAUCGAAUACAUGUGGGACCAAUUCUUUACCGGCCAUGCUUGA